AUGCAUACCAGCUCGUUUUUGGUUGCCGCGUUAGCGGCGGCCACUUCGGUCGUCAGCGCGCAAGAGGAGCGGCCCCGGAUCUACUUCCCACGCCACGUCAAGCGGUCAUUCGUCAACGCGACGAGCACACAGCACAUCCCUCACUCGCCGCCGCCACCAACCCUGGCACCGUCUAUCCUGGAGUCGAUUAUCGACUCGGGCUUACCCAAGCCGUCCUCGGACUCUGACUCUGACUCCAGCAGCAGCAGCACGGGCACGACAAAACGCCUGACCUCGUCCGACAUUUUCUCCAGCUCGCAGCCCAUCAGCCGCUCCGACAAACUCAGCUCGACCAGCAAACGGUCGUCCACCAGCUCCAAGGCACGAGACUCGUCCUCGUCUGACAGCCGUGUGACCACAGUCAUUGUAGCCACCAGCACCAUUGUCGUGCCGCCGUCGACCGGCAAGGCGACCAACGCCAAGACCACUGGCACGACUACGAAGCCGACGAAGGCCUCGGCCGACUCUUCCAGCAGCGAGUCUGACAGCUCGUCCGGCAUUGUCGUGUUCCCCCACACGUCGUCUGGCUCUUCGUCGGCGACGACAGGCACGACCAAAGCAACUAAGUCGACCAAGACAACCAAGACGUCCGACUCGUCCUCGGCCCCGGUGGAUCCUUUGUCGUCGCUGGACUCGGCUAUCAGCAGUCUCUUCCACCCCAAGCCAACGCCGACGAGUAGCUCGACGAAGAGCAGCUCUGACGCUCUGUCGAGCGGCAUUAGCCACACCGGCGCUGGUACUGGCGUGUCGUCGUCAGCCACAGCAACGGGCACCGCCAAGACCACCUCCAAGACAACCGAUAUUCUGUCGUCGUUCCUGUCGUCUCUGACGCAUGAACCCACGACGAAUGCCACGUCCGGCUCCGUUGCCCCGUCCACUAGCAGCAGUGCGCCCCUGACUUCGGCCACAUCUGGCUCGGUUUCAUCUUCCGCCCCGCCGGUCUCGUCCCAUUCUUCCAUCAUCAGUGGCAUUGUCCCGCCGACGAGCAACAUUACCUCGCCUCCCCCUGUGACAUCAAGUGCCUCUCACUCGGCGACCUCGCUCCCGCCCUCGUCCGUGCCAGCCUCGAUCGUGUCCCCUUCGCCUAACAGCACUGAGACGUCUGCUACUGCGACUGCUACUGGUCACUCCACAUCUAGUGUCUCCGGCAGCUCUGUGAUCCUUCCGACGACGACCCCUAAUAACACUGCAAGUGCUAAUGUGACCGACAUCGUCCCAUCUGCUUCGGAGACGCAGAGUCAGUCGUCUAAGCCCGUGAGCCUGCCGACCAGUGGCAGUACGACUUCCUCCACCACGACGGCCCCUGCCAACACGGCGUCGUGGCUGCCUUCGACGAUCAUUGUACAACCCACUCAGAGCUCGGUUGUGGCUACUGGUCUUGCCCCUACCACGACAACUGGUCUUCCGACCGGUCUGCCCAAGGCUAUCACUCCGGAUACAAGCAACAACCCGGCUCCUGAGGACACCACUGAAAUCCAGAUUGGUUUCGGUUACGGUCUGAACUACGCGUUCGUCGCUGUGACGCCCAAGGCUGCUGCUCAGGUCCUGAAGAUCCUCCCCGAGCUCCUUGCGUACCAGGGUGGCUUCGACCAGAGCAAGAGUGUUGUGCAGCGUCUUGUGCCGUACGACACCACUGCCCAGCUGGGUUACGUUACGAUGCUUGCCAUCUGCACGUAUCCUACCUCUUUGGUUGAGCAGCUCCGCAUGGACAUGCACAUCCCCACGGCGGCCCUCUGGAACGACCCGGACCAGCUUGCCUACAACAUGUCGCAGGAGAUCAACCCGGCCAUUGACAUUCUCCUCGGCUCGACCCUUGACUCCUCGUCUUCCGGAACCGGUGGUGGCUCGGCCGCUUCUACCACUGCGGGCUCCAGUGACCUGUUCAGCAACAACAACAACAGCAGUGACCAGACCGCCUCGCAGCGUGGUGUUACAGCCGGUAUUGCCGUUGGUGCCAUCUUUGUCUCUGCUGCCUACGGCGGUGCCAUGUUCAUUAUUGCCCGCCGGUACAAGCGCAAGAAGCAGUCCAUUCACCGCCGCAGCAACUCUCUGACGGAUCCAUCUGAGAUGCGCCAGACGGGUAGCCCGGCGCUGAUGGGGGGUGCUCUUCUGAGCCGCGACUUCACGUCGACCUACGGUGCUGUGGCGGGUGGUGCUGCCGGUGGCCGUGACAGCCAUGGCAGUGGCCGCAGCAACACCAACUCGGGCCGCACUGCGUUUAUCUCAGCCCCUGUUGCUGCUGAGAACUCCCUGGGCUGGAACUAA